GCUACAUUUAGUACCUAAGGUCAAGCAAGAUUGUUAUGUACCACCAAUUAAAAUCUGGAGGUUGCGGUUACCUAUCUACUCCUAUCAGAGGGUAGGUACCUAUUGUACAGUAAGGUACCCAAGGCCAUUGCCACCGCUUUUAGCUGCUACAGAAGGCGUUCUUACACGUAGCCCCCCUCAAAACCCCUGUUCUCUCCUCUGCUCAUUCCUAUUAGGUUAGGUGUGUUAAUGUGUUUACUGGCUUUCCCAGCCCGCCAUUUUUCGAGGGCUGUACGUAUUGUACCAAGUAAUCCGUAGCACUUUCAACCUUAAACCUUUUCCCCAUUUCCAUUCAAACAUUGAAUCAUCUAUUGUUAAAGCUUCCUUAGGUACCUAACGUAUUCGGCCUUACCUAUAUGUGAUUUAUACCUAAGGUACCUAAAUCGACGUAAUUGCAGCAAACUUUUAAAAACUUGUCGAAUCGCGGCUCUAUCUCUCGAGUCGUAGUAUAUUGCUUACUCCACCGCUCAGCGCAUGGUAUGCAGUCCACGACCUUGCGAUGAUCCUAUUUGAAUAAAUGUCGUCGUCGUACGAUUCCUCCCGUCGAAGGGGUCUCUGGGGCCAUUGGGUUCCUAUCGUCGUUACCCUUACCGUCGCGACUGUCGGUGUCGCCGCUUGGGCAUGGAGCCAACGGAGUAACGAACGCGAAGACGAGGAGAGCGACGCUGAGCCGGUCGAUCUUGACUACGAAAAUGCCGACUACGGCGAGAAUCCCCCAUACGGCGCGACCGGAAGAGACUCGCGUCCUGCUAUCCGGCCCGACGACAUAAGCUACGGAGUGGGAGAAAUACACCCGGAGGCUAGUGGCGUCUCUACCGGAUGGGGCUCGCGACGUACCCCAAGCCCCCAGCAAUUCUUCUCCAGCGCAAGUAGGACAGUGGCAGCGGGAGUUGCGGGGGUUGGUGCCGCCGUUGGUAGUGCAUUAGCUGCUAUACGUGAGGAUGACAAAAACGCAUAUGCCGACCAUGAAACUUGGUCGGAAGAAGCCGAGGCCCAAAAAGAAAAGCCCGCCCCACCGCAGACCAGGGACUCUACUAAACGACGGAAGACGGUCGCAAUCGUGGUAUCGGCGGACACGAAUAUAGAUGAUCUUGAUGCGGAUGGCUUCCACGAGCAUGCUUCCAUUCUUUCUCAUAUACCUCGGAACGUUGACUUCUCUAAGAUUAAGCUGUUCGUCUUGAUAUACGCACCCGGCCUCAAGGAUUCCGCCCUUGAAGCGUCGUCCGGCAAUCAUCCUCCCGCUUCUCUGAGUUCGUCAUUUUCGAAUAUUGCGAACGAACAGAGCCAAACCCCAGGAGAUGAGGCUAAAAGCCCAACUUUAAGCUCCGGUACGACCAGUACGCCCUUUAAUUUGAUGUAUUCGCAGGCUUCAACCUUGGUGGAAAAGGAGGCGAUGAUUCUACCGUUCACUUCUCCUAACGGUCACAUCCAUAUUCUUCGUCACCUGCAACCCGAGGUCAUCUAUCUGCAAGAAUCUCUGGCCGGAGAUAAUGGGGUCGUAAUUACUCAACUGCAGACCUGGCUCAAGUACGACGUUAUUCUUGUUGUUGGAGCCGAUGGUGGCCAUGGUGGACUUGCGGAUAGUGACUCGGAGGCCGAAAAGCCGGAGAAAGAUAAGAAGGACGACCCGUGGUGGCAGCGGGAGGAACGAGUAGGACGAGGAAGGGGGGUUGUGGUGGUGGACAGCCUAAGAGUUGGCGACGAUUGGGCGCGUCGGGUGCAAGGUAAGGAGUGAGAUUUUGAUAGGGUCACUUCUACGAAUGGUGAUGAGAAUAGCAUGUAUGAACUGGUGAUUUUUCUUGACGAAUAUUUGGACGGAAUAUUGACUCUGGGUUAUGCCACGGUAGAUGUAUGAUUUUACCCCCUUCUAUAUCCUUGGGUUAGUUGUGCUUUGGUAGGAGUAAUAAAUUAGGGAUGUAUUUUGAGGGAGCUGCUAGACUUGAAGGCGUGUUAUGAGGAUGCUAUCGUAUUAUGUAUACCUACCUAGGUAGUAGGUAACCUACCUAACCUCAUGACUUAUUUAGGUACCUCCUUAGGAGGUUAGGUAGGUAGCACGGUACUACCCAAGUCCUUGCAAUAUAGGUAAUGUACCUAGGUACCUAAGGUAGGUAGGUACGGACCGUACGGUACAUCCAAC